AGCAAUGUAUUGAAGUCACUACGUAGUUUAAGUUUUCAUUUUUCUUCGCCUCGGAAGAAUCGGUGACCACUCGUAGUAGAUUUUUCGGUACAAUUUGUUUCUGGAGUUGUGCAGCUAUCAUGCGAAAAAUAAAAAUACGGCGUCACUCUUCGUUUUUGCAAUCCGAAAUAAAAAAAUCGGCCUUUUGUUCCGCAGCAGCAGCGGCACGUCGUGUGAUACUAUCGGGACCAGAAGCUCCUGUUGCGGAAGUACCAGACGUGUCCGUGCUGUGUUCCCCAACCUUCUCUGCAGGAACUGACUCUGACACCGCGAGGAGGACAUCUUUUCCGCCCAGUAUUGCGAACGAGGUUUAUGUUGACAACAAUGGAGGUUCAGGUGGUUUCGGCACCACUGCUGCUGCGACAUCAUCAUCCGGAGGACAUGGUAGUUCAUCAUCUGCGUUGCUACAAUCACAGGAAAGCACUCGGCGACCCCGCCUGCGGCGAAGAUGGUGUUGGGUAGAGGAAUCGCAGCCUGGACCGGCACUUCCCGAGGAAGGUGGUGUCCACCGCGACAGCGACUUCGUGAAGAAGAAAGAGCUCGCAACGACGACGAGGAGGACUUCCCAGGAACAAAUUGUGUCACCAGGAGGUGGCUCUUCUACUGCGUCCCGGCAAGUAGAACAUCAAGCCUCCUCUAUCCUGAGUAAAAACGUCUCCACCCCAUAGUCAAGAUGAGAAAUCUGCUACACAAAUCAGCCAGCUUUGGGUGAUGCGCAUGACAAAAUUGGUCUCGUAGUGUAAUCCCGUUUAGCUCGUUCAGAAGCAUUACAGAUCCGGCCUAUUGCUCUGGUUUGAGCAUUACAAAUUCCAAAACGCAACUAGAAAAUGCUUCUCAUGGGGCUCCGCAUGACAAACAUUUUGAGCAUGCAGAUCUGCAUGACAACUAUGGGGUGGCGACAUUUUUGCAUAGGAUAUCCUCCUCGAGCGACAAGUGGAGGCGAUUGGACGAAGAAUUUUUGACCGGGAUGAAUUUUCAACAUCCUGGGAAGAUCUUUGCCGGUCGGGUCGGAGCAGGGGGUAAUGCUGCUGCUGGUUCGGGAGCAGGACUAAAUUCUGCAGCAGCAGCGUCGUCUUUUUCUAGCCAUGGCGGCGGCUCUACGCAGGGCGUCAGAAGGAUUAUUUCGGGGGAAGUAGAAGAUCAUCUUAAACUUAAUCAGAAGGAGCUGCAUGGAAGCAAAAGUUGUACUAUACUACCUGCUUCCACCGUCGCGGCGCAGCAGCACGACCAUGGCCACACGGAGCUGGGGACAAGAAAUUUAUUCGACGUGGUGUCCUCCGCGCCGCGUACUUCUUGCCCGCUCCGGCUGCUGCACUGGAAUGUCUUGGCGGAUUGCCUCGCGACCAAGGAAAGGUUUCCGAAGACCGUCAUCGAUCCGCAAUUUCUUCGGAAAGAACACCGCGCAAAACUGAUCGCGGAGGAGAUUUUUCGCUUAUCCUGUGUACUUAAAAGGGCCCCCACCCCAUAGUCAAGUUGGGACUUUGGCAAGACAAAUCGAGCAUCUUUGGGACUCGCGCAUGACAAGGUCAUGGCUGAGCAGUGUAGUCGUGCCUAGCUGGUUCAAACGCAUCACAGUUCCAGUCUGUCAUCCUGAUUAGCGCAUGACAGAUUUUUGCAAACUCCACUUCUAGGUAACGCCUCUUGACAUGGAGAGCCACAUGACACACAUUCUGAGUAUGCAGAUCCGCAUGAAAACUAGAGGGUAGGGACGUUUUUACUCAGGAUACCGGUUCCCAUCACAUCACCUCCCAAAGGACGUCGCGUGUAGCACUGACAGACCGGGGGAACUACAACGUGGUCGUCGACCAAGAACUUCUCCGGGCGCUCGUCGCAGCCAGCGAGAAGAUGAUACGGCCAGGACUUCUACGCCUAUAAUUUCUGACCCUGGGUCAACAUCAUUCGACCUGAUCUCCUUGGUGGAGAUUGACCAGGCACUGCUCCGCGAAGUUCUCAACCAAAUGCACAGGAGAUCGAACAACCGCAAAUACGACUACAUCCUAUCCAGUACAAAGGUAAUGUACUCGUAUAAAUGCAUUACAAAUUUCCUCAGCAUGAGAAAGACAAUUUGCAAUGCUGAUUUACCUUAAGAAAAAGAUUUGUAAUGCAUAAUCGCAAGACGAGUGCGAUGCUUUUGCAGUGCAUACAUCUACGCGAAAAAGAAGUCUCCGGCCAAGGACGGUGUGGCGAUUUUCUACGACAAAACGAGGUUUCUCCUAUAACAGUGCACAACUCCCCCUCGUUCUCAUUUCUCAUGCAAAAUCCCAAAUCCAGUCGCUACCUUGUAUCACUAUUAUGCAUAACAAAUUCCGCAAGCCCAAACAGUACUGCAUGGGGCACAGAAAGUUGUAAUGCAUAGGCUCUACGUGUGCUAGUGUUUGUAUUGCUGUUCAUGCUAGACUACUGAGGGGGAGGGGGAGUUGUGUACUCGCAUAUCUCCCCGCGGGCGCGGAGAAGGUCGUGCAGGUGGGCUCCCAGGUCGCGUUGGUGCAGGAUUUCGUGGUCCGCAUGGCAGACGAGAAGGUGUCGUUCAGGGCGGAGCACACUGCAAAAACUACAACCAGUGUAGUUGUACCAACGUCGUGCGAAAGUUUAAGUUGCAGUGACAGUGCAACAACUGCAAGCAGCACCAGCAAUCAGAAAGUGGACCUGGAACAAGUUGUAGACACUGGUUUGUCUGCGGAAACAAGCCCCAGCGCAGUGAAGAAGAUCCGGGUUUGCGCCACGCAUUUGAAGGCAGACAGUAUCUAUUCCUCCGCAACCGGUAGUUGCGCAGCAUCACAAAUAAGCACUUACGAGGAGCAAACGCGGGUGGCGCAAUUGUCCAGAUUAGUGGAAGCGCUGUGGCCGGAAAAAUUCAGGAAAACUUCAAGUACUUCACAUGGUGCAGGAGGUUCUUCUUACCCGAGUGAAGAUUCUUCGGAGCUGCUACCUGCUGGUAGUGCUAUCCUGUGCAAAAGUAUCGUACACGUACUAAUUGCAAUGCGGCAUGACAAACUUACCUUUUUACCUGAAUUAGCAUUACAAAUUCCAUUUUUCUUUCUGAUAAAAUUUGUAAUGCAAUUUAUACUAGUACGAUACUUUUGCAAUGCAUAAGUGCACUGCAGGGCCAAAUGCCAGUUUUGCUUUUCGGCGAUUUGAAUGCGACUUGUAAGGAAGAUGAACACGACCGGGGCACGACCACAAGGGAACAAGGAACAUCAAGUGCAGGAGCAUCAAAUGGCGCAGCAGCAGCUCCUUCGUUUGCUGCCAAGAACAGCCGUACGCUGGAGUACCUGAAAAUUUGCGGACUGCACGGGAGUAUCAACUGCAAAAAUGUCUGGGUCUGGAAGAAUGCCAGACGUGUCAUGCAGGUUUUCCAUGACCCAUGAGGUCUGGUAUGUAGGACAUAGCAUGACAGAUACUGUGAGAGUGUUAUCAUGUCUAUCCUGCAUGAGAAACUGCCUCUCGGUUAGAUCAAAACUGGAUGGCUUUUGGUAAACAUGCAACACAGAUUUUUACAUGAUUCAGAUUUAGCAUGACAAGUUGCUUUGUUCCAGACCCAGACAAACUUGCAUUUGAUAGGGAUUUCCUGUAAAUGGACGCACAUGUUCAAACCUUUAUCAAAUGUAAAAAUGUCUGGGUCUGGAAAAAUGCAAGUCUGUCAUGCUUGUCUGGCAUGACUCCUAAAUCUGUCAUGCACAUCACCAAAGAGUUCCACUUUUCUGUCAUGCAGAAACGUAGUUUGUCAUGCAGAAUAGGCAACACCUAGAAGCUCAGAAACUUGUCAUGCUGAGCCAGCAACUGUGGCCUCCUCAUGAUAUGCCACACAGCAUCACAAAUUUCCAGACCCAGACAUUUUUACAUUUGAUAACCUUUGCCGAUGUACAACUGUUCGGAUAUCAAAAGGAAAAAUCCCCACUUCCCAUAUGAAAACGAAGACUCUGCUGGAUUUGCGUACACAAAUCAGAUUUGUCUUGCUGGAGGGGAUUGCAGGCCUAUACUAAGACUGAGUGGAGACGUUUUGGGCUAGGCGCUGGGCAUGGCAAACGUCUAUUCCGUCGGGCCAACUGCAUCACAAACCGCCUGCAGAAUGCGGCGGCUGUCUGUGGAGUUGCGGCCUUGCAAGACAGAGACGCUCUGUGGUCACAAAUCAGCACUACAAAUUUUCUGCGAUAUACCUUCUCGAUAUGGGGAGGGGGGAUUUUCCCUUACGAUAUCGGACGCUUCGUCUUCUGCGUUCUUCGCCGGGAAUGUGAGAACAACUUCUGCACAAUAUCCUGAGCAAAAAUGUAGUCCCCACCGCAGAGGCAAGAUGGGCAAUCUGCUAGACAAAUCAGCCAGCUUUGGGUGUUGCGCAUGACAAGCGUGCUUUCGUAGUGUCAUCCUCGACUUCGCUAGUUCAGCAGCAUCACAGAUUUAGCCUAGUGCGCUUUUUGGAGCAUGUUGGCAAAUGCCAAAACACGACUAGAAAACGCUUCUCAUUGCGCUCCGCAUCACAAAUGUUUUGAGCAUGCGGAUUUGCAUGACAGCUAUUUGGGGUGGUGACCUUUUCCCAUAGGAUAGAAAAAAUUCAAACUUUUUUCAAGGAUCUUCCUCCACCUCCGCUGCGACUAGAGUGCCGAUCUACGAAAACAGCCCUUCGCAGGUGCAUAUCCUGAGUAAAAACGUCUCCACACCAGAGUCAAGAUGGGAAAUCCGCUAGACAAAUCCAUAAGCUUUGGCUGUUUCGCAUGACAAAUUUGGACGCGUAUUGUAGUGCUGUUUGAGCUAGCUAAGCAGCAUUACAGAUCUAGCAUUUGAUGCUGAUUGGCGCAUUACAGAUUUCCAAACCGCAUUAGAAAAUGCUUCUCAUGGGGCUCCGCAUGAGAAACAUUUUAAGCAUGCAGAGUUGCAUGACAACUAUGGUGUGGGGACGUUUUUACACAGGAUAGUGCAUCUGGGUUCUUCAGGAGCAGCAGGCGGCAGUUCUUCCACAGCAAUGUUGACCCCAUUAACGUCCCACCGCUCGCUUUUGGGUAACAAGCGGCACCGGAAGAGGCCGCUGGACGGAAAGCGGGUGCGGCUAAAUCCGGGCAACGCGGUGGUAGCGGAGGGGGGAGGUAUAGGAAAGUCGAGGAGGAACAUUUCGGAAAAGUUUUUGGAAAAAGCUUACCGGCGAACGGUGUCGGGGGAGCUGCUGCAAACUAGGAUGGAAAAAUAUGCGCGGGAAUUCAGGAGACAAGAACAGCAACAAGGGGUGAACUAUUCAUCGCCAGAACCUGUGAACAAGGGCGAGGAGGAGGAAAGUCGACGAGGGUUUGACAAUCGACGUCAGCAUGUUCACCCAAUCGACGUCGCAACAGAUGUAUAAAUUGCAAAAGUUUGUCGUACCAAAACUAAUAGCAACAAUUGCAAUACAAAUUGGCUCAGCACGAGACAGAGAUUUUGUCAUGCUGAUUCUGCUUGGCAAGAAAGAUUUGUCACGCAUGACUGGCAUAAUUUCUACGACUGCGAUGCUUUUGCAAUCCAAUGCAUAAGAGGUCGUGAAGCAGGCGGUGGAUUGGGUCUUCUACUCGCCGAAGGAUUUUGCAGUCCGGAAAAUUUUGCUGAGUCCGGAGGAACAUGAAAUUUGUCAUGCGUUUUCUGACGAUAAAAUAAAUGCGUCGCCAAAAAUUAUGUCCACAAAAAUGAUCCCGAAUGAACACUUUCCGUCAGACCACAUCCCUCUCGUGUUGGAACUUGAUCUCAUUUUGAGGAAUGCAACGCAAGACAAAUUCAGUUUCCACGGCGAAAUAAAUC